AUGCUAAGCUCCGUCGAAUCGCGAUCGCCUCUUGGUUUAUGCGUUUGCGAUUCGCUGCAGCUAGAUCCAGACUCAAGGAUGCAAUGUUAUACUGAACUCUUGCCCCCUUCUGGGGUCACACACGCUCUCUCAGCCCCCUUUCUUUCUCCAACAGCCAACAAUCUGGUGGUUGUCAAGACCUCUCUUCUUCAGAUCUUUACUCUUGUCAAUGUUGCCUCUGAGCUGGACGCUAGGGAGGCUGAGGACAAGGCCUCUCGAAUAGAGACAUCGCAAGAUACAAAGCUGCACCUUAUCGCCGAGUAUGAUCUGUCUGGGACGGUAACUGAUAUCUGUCGAGUCAAGAUUUUGAAUUCCAAAAGCGGAGGGGAUGCUCUUCUCCUAGCUUUCCGGAACGCGAAGCUCAGCCUGAUCGAGUGGGACCCUGACCGUCAUGGUAUUUCGACCAUUUCGAUUCACUACUACGAAAAAGAAGAUGUGACUCGUAGUCCAUGGGUACCUAAUCUAAGUACUUGUGGCAGCCAUCUCACGGUGGAUCCCAGUAGCAGAUGUGCGGUAUUGAAUUUUGGUUUGCGCAAUCUUGCCAUUUUACCAUUCCAUCAAGCCGGCGAUGACCUGGUCAUGGAUGACUAUGACCCGGAUCUCGAUGAAGAGCCUGCUGAUCAUGAGAUGAAAGAUGUUGUGCAAUCUGAGAAGAAAGAUGAGAGGAAAGACUCUUUGACCUAUCAGACUCCGUAUGCGGCCUCUUUUGUCUUGCCGAUGACUGCCUUGGAUCCUGCUCUGCUUCACCCGAUCAGCCUCGCAUUUUUGCAUGAAUACAGAGAGCCAACAUUUGGUAUCUUGUAUUCCCAAGUGGCAACUUCGUCUGCAUUGCUUUCUGAGCGAAAGGAUGUUGUGUUCUAUUCCGUAUUCACGCUGGAUCUCGAACAACGAGCAUCUACCACUCUCCUGUCUGUUGCGAGACUCCCUAGCGACCUUUUCAAGAUAGUAGCUCUCCCGCCGCCAGUGGGCGGUGCUUUGCUCGUUGGCUCUAAUGAAUUGAUCCAUGUUGACCAAGCUGGAAAGACAAAUGCUGUCGGCGUCAACGAAUUUGCGAGACAGGUUUCCUCCUUUUCGAUGGCAGAUCAGUCCGAUCUUGCUCUCCGUCUAGAAGGAUGUGUUGUCGAGCAUCUGGGUAAUGAAAACGGUGAUGUGAUCUUGUUACUGUCGAGCGGGGAGAUGAUGCUUGUCAGCUUCAAACUGGAUGGACGGUCUGUUUCCGGUCUCUCAAUUCACCCCAUCGCAAAUGGAGGGACGAUUAUGAAUGCAGCUGCCUCAUGCUCUGCCGUGCUGGGCUCGGGAAAACUUUUCUUUGGCAGUGAGGAUGCAGAUUCAAUACUUGUCGAAUGGUCCAAUGUAUCUUCCAGCACAAAGAGAGCCCGAGUGCAAGAUGCAGAUCAACAACCCGAAUUUUCAGAUGAAGAUGGGGAUGACAACGAUGCCUAUGAAGACGACUUGUACUCCGCUGCGCCGAAAGUGUCCUCAGACCACCGCCCUUCGGUCGACAAUUCUAUUGCGGGAGGCUACAAUUUUCGGGUUCUUGACACGUUGACCAACAUAGGACCCCUGAGAGAUAUAGCACUCGGAAAAGCAUCGGCAAAGGCCGCUGAUGGAGAUCGUAAUGUCUCCAGCGUUACCGCAGACUUGGAACUGGUGGCCUCUCAAGGAUCAGAUAAGAGCGGCGGCCUUGUUCUGCUGAAACGGGAGAUCGACCCAAGCGUCAUAUCCUCUUUUGAGAUAGACAAUGCCGAGUCCGUUUGGUCAGUCAGCGUGAGCGAGGCGAAGUCCAAGACCUCGAAUGAUGGCGGCUCGUCGGUUCAGAAAGGAGCUGAUUCUUAUGUGAUACUUGCUAAAUCAACGUCCACUGAUAAGGAAGAAUCGGUAGUUCAUGCCGUGAAGGGCAAAAGCCUUGAAGCUUUCAGGGCUCCAGAAUUCAACCCAAACGAAGACUGUACAGUCGAUGUGGGAACUUUAGCAGGAGGCACCCGAGUUGUUCAGGUACUUACAGGUGAAGUGAGGAUCUACGAUAGCAGUCUGGGACUUGCACAGAUAUACCCUGUAUGGGAUGAAGAUACAAGUGACGAGCGAAUCGCUGUUAGUGCCAGCUUUGCGGAUCCUUAUCUUCUCAUUCUUAGAGAUGACGCAUCAGUAUUGCUGCUCCAAGCCGACGAGAGUGGCGAUUUAGACGAGGUGCCUCUGAAUGAUGAAAUUUCUUCGAAGAGUUGGCUUUCCGGUUGUCUUUAUGCAGACAAUUCAGGCAUGUUCUCUCCCAUUGAGACAGACUCCCAAGGCAAUAUCCAUCUGUUCUUGUUGAAUGCUGAAUGCAAGUUAUUUAUAUUCAGGCUUCCCAGCACAGACCUAGUUUCUGUGAUCGAGGGAGUUGAUUACGUCUUACCCAUCCUGUCGGCCGAACCGCCCCCUAGAAGGUCUUCCACCCGUGAGACAAUAACGGAGAUUUUGGUGGCAGAUAUUGGGGAGUCGUAUUGCAAAUCUCCUUACCUGAUAUUGCGGACGGGAACGGAUGACCUUGUAAUAUACAGGCCUUUUCGCAUCAAUGAUGACCUGGGAAAAGACCCUAGCAGUCUCAAGUUCUUAAAGGAAGUGAAUCAUACGCUUCCUAAAGUGCCGUCGGUGGCGUCUUCGAAAACAUCCUCUGGAGGCCAACGGCGGACGAAAUCACUCAGAAGGUUGCCUGAUAUUUCGGGGCUCAGUGCCGUAUUUAUGCCUGGCGCGUCUCCAAGUUUUGUCAUUCGAACUUCAAAGAGUAUGCCUCACCUAGUGAGCCUUCGUGGUGGGUUUGUUCGCGGCCUCAGCGAUUUUAAUGCUGCAGGCUGUGAGAAAGGGUUUAUUUACGUGGACAGUCAUAACGUUGUCCGAACAUGUCAAUUGCCAGAUGAUACCCAAUUCGACUUUCCUUGGACAGUGCGCAGGGUGCCCUUAGGUGAACAAGUUGAUCACCUGACCUAUUCUACAUCAUCAGAUACGUACGUCCUGGGAACCAGCUACAAGGCUGAUUUCAGACUUCCAGAAGAUGAUGAGUUGCAUCCCGAGUGGCGUAACGAAGAUUUACCAAAGCUCGGUGAGACUCCUGAGCCCGAAGAACUGGUCUGUCAUAGACAGGUAUGUUAUCCACUUAGUGCAGCAGAACGUGUUAUGGCUGUCGAGAAUAUCAAUCUCGAGAUUUCCGAACAGACGCGUGAGCGCAAAGAUGUGAUCGUUGUCGGAACCACAUUUGCCCAAGGCGAGGAUGUAGCAGCUCGUGGAUGUGUCUAUGUGUUCGACGUGAUAGAAGUUGUUCCAGAUCCCGAGAGGCCCGAGACAAAUCUCAAACUAAAGCUUAUAGGCAAAGAGUCGGUCAAAGGUGCUGUGACUGCAAUAUCAGGAAUUGGGGGUCAGGGUUUCUUGAUCGUGGCUCAGGGACAGAAAUGUAUGGUGCGAGGACUGAAAAACGAUGGCAGCCUUUUGCCUGUUGCGUUCAUUGAUGUGCAAUGCUAUGUCAGCGUUCUCAAGGAGCUCCGAGGCACCGGCAUGUGUAUCAUUGGUGAUGCCCUGAAAGGUCUAUGGUUCACAGGAUAUUCGGAGGAACCAUACAAGAUGACGCUGUUUGGCAAAGACAUGGACGAAUUGGAAGUGGUUGCUGCUGAUUUCCUGCCUGAUGGCAAGAAAUUAUACAUCAUCGUUUGCGACGGCGACUGCAAUCUCCAUGUGCUUCAAUACGAUCCGGAAGAUCCCAAAUCCUCCAACGGGGAUCGACUCUUGAACCGCAGCACAUUCCAUAUGGGUCAUUUCGCCUCGACCGUGACGCUCUUGCCACGGACGGCCGUCUCUUCUGAACUAGCGAUGUCCGACUCCGAUGAAAUGAGCAUCGAUGCUUAUGUACCCCUCCAUCAAGUUUUAAUCACGACUCAAACGGGCUCGGUGGGACUGGUUACAUCGGUGUCCGAAGAGUCUUAUCGUCGUCUAUCUGCUCUGCAGUCUCAGUUAAGCAACACGCUUGAGCAUCCCUGCGGACUAAACCCGCGGGCAUACAGGGCGGUUGAAAGUGAUGGCAUUGGUGGUCGAGGUAUGAUUGAUGGGACACUUCUGUACCGGUGGCUGGACUUGAGUCGGCAACGAAAGACCGAGAUUGCCAGUCGCGUGGGUGCAGAUGAAUGGGAGAUCAGGGCAGAUCUCGAAGCGAUUGGGGGCAGCGGACUUGGUUAUCUAUAG